UUCGAAUGGCAUCGUAUCGUAUCAGUACAAAUCGAAUCGUUGCCGCGGAAGCAACUCUUUCUAAGAGGCGGAAAAGUAUUGAACGCGGUGCACAGAGCGCUUGUGAUUGUGCCCCAGAGAUCGCCGAGAUCGAGCGAGAAAACGACAUUGACAUUCGGGCGGGCGCGCUAAUUGAUCGAAAGAGCCUCUUAUCGCGGGGUCAAGUGCUCUCAAUUGGAAGUGUCAGGUGCCAGCAUGGGGCAUCUGCUCCCGAUCCCGAUCCCGAUCCCAAUCCCAAUCUCUACUCCGAUUCCGCUGCUCUUGCUGAUGCUCGGAGUCGUGCGGCCGGUGCUCGCCAGAUUCGAUGAGCAGGCGACCGCCUGCGAGUCGCUGGAAAUAAAUCACAUUGCGGACUUCCGGAGACUGGAGAACUGUACGCACGUGGUGGGUCACGUACGACUGGCCUACGUGGAUCUGACGCCCCUGGCCGGCAACUAUAGCUUCGAGUCGCUGGCCACCAAUGUCACCGAGAUCAGCGACUACCUAAUGGUGUACCGCUGCACCGGGCUGAUCUCCCUCCAGUCGAUAUUCCCCCGCCUGCGGAUCAUCCGGGGUCGCAGCCUGCUGUUCGAUGAGUACGGCCUGGUGGUCUACGAAAACCGGAACCUCUGGGAGGUGGGUCUCGUGGAGCUGCUGCGCAUCCAGAAGGGCUCCAUUCGCAUCGAGUCGAAUCCCCAGCUGUGCUUCGUGGAGACCGUCGACUGGGUGUACCUAAUGGGCAAUUCUACGCAGCAGCACUUCUCUCUAAAGCACAACAGGCCGCCCAGCCAGUGUCCAUUGUGUGGCAGUUUGACCGCGGAGUACGACAUUGAGAAGAACUCCUCGGAGAAGUGCUGGAAUGUGAACACCCCGCAGCUGCGUCUUCGACCUCCACGCACCGAGGACUGCCCCAAGGCCUGUGGUCAGAACGGCUGCGACAAGGCGGGAAAGUGUUGCGACCGCAACUGCGUCACUGGGUGCUACUCCCAAAACUGCUCCCUGUGUAGCAAUUUGCAGGGGAAAACGGGCUGCGUGAAUCAGUGCAUCGGCAGCUACGAAAUAAACAAGAGGAAGUGCAUCAGCGUCAGGGAGUGUCGCGAUCUGGGAAGGAUUCCCCUGAUAACGGGCUGUCAGUGUGUGAAGAAAUGUCCCGGAAAUCAGAAGGAGGUGCCGGACGCCAAGGGUUUGCUCCACUGUCAGGUGGACUGUAAGGGCGACUUCCACAUCAAGAGUGCUUCCGACUUGGAGGAUCUGCAGGACUGCAUGACCAUCAAUGGUUCGCUGACCAUUGAGCUGACAAAUAUAAAGGAGAAAAUAGUUGAGGCUUUGGAGCAUGCUUUGGUUAGUGUUAAGGAGAUCACUGGCUAUCUGAAAGUUAUACACUCUGCCCAGCUCAUGUCGCUCACAUUUCUUCAGAAUUUGGAUGCCAUAAGAGGGGAUAAGCUGGUGGAAAACAAGUACGCCCUCUAUGUGGUCAACAACUUCCAUUUAGAACACAUCUGGCCGCCCAAUCACCAGGUGAUCAUUCAGCGCGGCAUGCUCUUCUUCCACCUGAACCCCCGCCUGUGCUAUGAGAAAAUCCACCAGUUGCAGAGCUCCCUGAAAAGCGGGGAGAAUAUAUCUGUGGCAGAUGUAUCCCCCAAUUCGAACGGCGAACGCGUGAUUUGUGGCGACGGAGUGCGGUCCCUCGCCCCGAAAGUGGAGGAUUUAAACUCCACUGCGGUGCGCAUUAUCCUGGACUAUAUGGACUGGGAGGGCAUGGAAACGCUGAUAGGAUAUUCGUAUUACUACAAGGAAGCCCCGCUGCAGAACGUGACUAUGUACGAUGGUCGCCAUGGUUGCGGUCAUGACAACUGGCUGAUGGAUGUUUCGCCCAACAAGAGCCGACGGCAUGUGAUAAGCGGCCUGAAGCCCUAUACCCAGUAUGCCUAUUUCGUGAAGACCCUCACCAGAACCGAAUAUCACAUUCAAAUGGACGCCUACUCCAAAAUCGGUUACUUUCAAACGCUGCCUGAUAGACCAAGUCCGGUGUCCCGGAUAUUUGGCAACUCGGAAACCAGUUCCCAAAUCGUCGUUAACUGGUGGCCACCGAAACGUCCAAACGGAAUCAUUACGAAAUAUAUUGUGCUCUCCGAGAAGCACAAUAGCACCAAGGAGCAAAAGGACAAAAACUAUUUGAGUUCGGAGUCCUCGAAUACCAAAGACUUGGACUGUGAGUGCGUAGAUGCACAGCCCUACGAUUCGGGUCCUCAGCCAGAUGACGAGGACUACUACAAUAAGGAACAGAUCACCUACGAAGAUGCUUUGCCCAACCUCAUUUAUGUCUCGCGCUAUCACAAAAAUCGUCGCAAUGAAUUUGAAAAAGUGAUGGACUAUGAGCACCUCUUGUCCCUCAAAAAGGAGGAUGAGCCGCCCACUCCGGCGCCAACCACUCCAGCUCCCACGAAUGAAUCCAUAGCCAAGGAGAAGCAAGCUGCCCUGACCUACGAGAGAUAUCGCUUGAGGAGCGAGAAGAAGCAGCGGAACCUCCAGGACCUGGACCAGGAGAAGUACAAGAUCCUUCAUGCCCCGCCGAAGUGCCAGAACCCAAGGGCCUCCGUGGUGCAGCAGGUGGAGGAUAAGUGCAUCGCCGAGGAGCCCUUGGACGGCAUCGAGGUGCGGGCCAAUCAGCACUCCUACACUUUCAACCAGCUGGAACCGGAGACCACUUACCGGAUCACAGUGCGCGCCUGUGUGGAGGGCGUGGUCAACGGCUGCUCCACUCCGGCGGAAUAUCUGAUCAAGACUGCGAGCCCCGAGUUCGAGGGAUACAUACAGGGAGUUUAGUUGUCGUCCACCAACCAUUCCAGGCCAUCGAUCAAAACCGUUUUGUAUUAGCUGACAAGUGAUAAAUGCUAGGCCCAUAUGACAGUAGGCUAUGAAAAAAACUUGACGAUGCAAGGGAGAUUCCAGUUCCAUUGCGAUAUCAAUAUUUUUUAACUUUAUGUAACGAUUUUUUUCAAUGUUUGACAAAAAAGAUUUGAUAUUUACUAUCAAAAAACUAAUAACCAACAUUUAAGUAAAAUUGCCUAAAAUAUUAGCGUAGAAAUUAGUUCAUCUUUAUUAUCUUACGUUUUGAUCAUUACUCCUAGAAUGUUUUUGUUUUUGUGUGAAUUUGUUUUAUCUUCUGUUUACAUUUUUAUUGUUUUUGUUUUUGCUGAUGACUGAUUUAAUGUAUUAAAAUCUGUAUGUUUGUAAGAUUUAAAACCCUGCAGUCAUUGGAUAACCACUGUAGAGAUUGUUGAGCACGUUAAGCUUCAUCCAUUAAGUUCACCUUUUAGUGCCGCGUCAUAUGGGCCCGAAUAAGUAUUGUAAGUCAAGCGACUGUAGUUGCCUCCAUGUUCCUCGCAAUGUAUUGUAAAUGUGUAAAUGCCAAACAAAUCCUCGACAAGCGACAAAAUGUU